CCGUCGUCGUCUCAAAUGCGUGUUUUUCUUUCCUUUGCCCUACAAGUGCAAAACAAGAAGCCGAUUGAUUUUCUUUUUUGCUGCCGACAUAAUAUUGAUAUUCCUUUUGUAUUUGCAUUCAUGGAAAACAUACCCAAGCGACCCGAAAGCCGAGAGGGCAGCGCCGAACGAAAAGUGUCCAAAGAUCGCGAGGAGAAACUGAAAUAUGCGCGCGAUCGACAGAAUGAGGAACGACAAAGAAAAAUCGAGGAGCUGCGGGCUCAAGCGGAGGCGGCGCAAAAGUAUCGCGAACAAAAGGAGGAGGAACGACGACGUCGCAUCGAGGAGAUACGCGUGAGAGAUACAGAGAAGCGGCAUCAGGUGGAGGAGCGCAAAAAGGCCAUCAUUGAGGCCGAAAAGGAGCGACGUGAAUAUAUUCUCAAAAAGAAUCAGGAGCGCGAAUCGCGAAUAGAGACAAAGAAACGCGAUAGAAAUUCGAUUGCUUUCGCUUUUGGAUCAUCGACGCCACGUUUAUUGGAUGUGCCGGCUGAUUAUGGCCUGGUAUCGCCCAGCACCUUUUGGAGUCAGCGACGAUCAACAUCCAUAUCGAAUGUGGCGGGCGCCUCGCUCUCACGUCGCAGUUCCGAGCGUGAACUUGCCGAUAGUGGUGCUAAGAAGCGUGCCUCAUCCUCCACGGACAGACACGAUGAUCAUCGACGCAAAUCUUCGUCCAUGUAUGAGGUGUUCAAUUGGGGCUAUUCCAAUGAUGAGCCACCCAAGCGGUUCUCGCUCUCAAUCGCUGCCAAUGAGAUAAAUAUCGAUGGGCCAGCAGCGCCCAAUAAUCCACAAAAACUGAUUUCCACUACAACAACUACAACAACACCAACUGCGCACAGACAAAAUGUAGCAACAGCGACAGCUGCAAGCCACAACAACAACAACAACUACAACAAUAACUCAUAUCGUAAGGAAGAUAUCGUUGACACAUCACAGAACAUUAUGUUCCGAAGCGUUUACCGCAGGAAAACGGACCUCAUGCCGACAAUACCCAGCCCCCGAGACGGGCAUUAUGGUUCGCGCAGCUCACUGAGCACCACGCCCAGAACCCCAGGACGCGCCUAUUCGAUGAACCGCUUGGACCAACUGGCCCAGCCGAUACGACGCAAUGGCGAACAUGUGCGCGCCAUCGUGGAGCGGGAGCGACGCGAACGUGAACUGGAAAUGCUGGACGAGACGGCCUCCCUCGGCGGCGGAAGUGGAAGGCGUGGCCACUUGUCGCGAGGCAACAGCAAUCGACGGGCUGGAAGCGCAAGUGUGGGCAGCGCCAGUGGAAGUUCAACGGCUGUGGGCGCCAUGUCGAGGAGCAUGACCCAUUUGGCUGGUGGAGUUGGAGUAGGAGGAGGUCAGCAGCGUGAGCGUGGAAAGUAUUCACUUGGUGGCGGCAUCUCGACUAGCUUUCGUCCCUUGGGCAGCACUGGUCAGCGUGAUUCCAGUAAGAGCAUGUCACAGAUUAGCUAUUCGUGGUCCCAAUUUGGCACAGCAAACAAUCCACCACAAUCAGCACAGCAACAACGCCAAUCGAGUCUUGGCUUGCAAACGAGCGCAACUAAAAAAUAUCUACAAUCAUCAUUUGCCUCAUCCCUCAACAAUGCAUCCUAUACGACAGCCUCAGCGAAUGCAACUAGGCGUGCCCAGCAGCAAUAUGCGAUCUAUAAUACAACAACAACAACUACUAACCCACACAACAACCACCACCACAACCAACACCACCACCACCAACGUUAUCUCGAUUUCGAUCCAAACUCAUUGUUGCUCAUGAACUCUUCUAGUUUGUUAGUGAAUGCAGGCUCGCGAUCAGGGAAUGUGACACCUGGCGGUCAUGGACACUUGAGUGGCUCACGUCCAGGCAGCGCCAUGUCCACAUCCACAACGUUGUCCACAUCGGGAUUGGUGCCCCGACGUCCAGGCACAGCCUCCACACGUAAGCCACGGCCAGCCAGCAUUGCCGGCACCGGCAUGUCCCUAGAGGAGAUCAAUAAAUUGAAGAGGGAUCAGAAGCCGCCGGUGAAGACAACGAGCGCCUCGCCAUCCACGUCUACAGCACAAACGACACCCAAACGAACCGCGAACCUGAUGUCCACCUCAAUGAUUGUCACCUCCAGUUCAACGCGCAUGCACAGCGCCGAGAAGAAGACGCCAUCGAAGCGGGAGCCGCUGCUGCCUAAGGCCGCGUCCGCAUCGAAGGCACAGCAGCCGAGCCGCACCGCCAGCUCGGAGCGCAUCAGUCGACACGCGAAGGAGUCGAUCAACAAAGUCCCUUCGGUCAUGAGCACAUCUAUGAUUGUUACCUCCACAACAACCACAACAAAAUCAACAGCUGAAUCCGCUCCAGCAGCAGCUGCACCCGCACCCAAGGCUAACGGUGUGGCAAAGGAGCAGCCAGAGCAAGAUGCAGAGGUUCCAACAGCUGAGGUUACAGCGCCUGCGGUCAGCAAGGCCGAGAAGGAGGCUCUAAACACUGAGCAGGCGGAACAGGAGCAACAGGAGUUGGUGCAAUUGGUGGAAGCGAAGGCACAACCAGAGCCAGUUGCACAGGAAGAGCAGCCACCAGCGGAGCCAGUUGUUGCCCAUGUGGAGGAGAAGGCCGACGAGGGCAACGAGAAGCCAACACAGGAGGCAACAGUUGUCGCUGUGGCGAAGAAGACAUCACGCAAUGGCAGCAAGGAGAAUUCAGAGGUGCGUGAAUUAACGCCACCAACGACAGCCGCAGCUCCAGUUGCAGUUGCUGGACUCGCUGUUGAGGGGGGCAACGAUUUGAUGACCGCAUCGAUGAUUGCCAAGAAGAUCACGACGGAGGAGGAGGCAAAGGCGGCAUUAGCCGAACGACGACGCCUGGCCCGCGAGGAGGCCGAACGACAGGCCGAAUUGGAGCGACAACGUGUCGAGGCUGAGCGCCUCGCCGAGCUCAAGGCCCAGGAGGAGGAAGCCGAACGUCAGCGACUCUUCGAGGAGGAAUCCACACGUCUUGCCGAAGAGCAGCGUCGCGGCGAAGAGGAGCGUCUGCGCAAGGCCAUCGAGGAAGCACAGCAGCGCGAGGAAGAGGAGCAGCGACGACGCGAAGAUGAAGAGCGUCAGCGCAUUGAACGCGAGGAGGCCGAAAAGAAGGCCAAGGAAGAUGCGGAAAAGCAACGCGUCGAAGUCGCCGAGCGUCUCAAGCGUGAGGAAAAAGAGCGCGAAGAGCGACGCAAACGUGUCGAGGCAAUUAUGUCGCGCACUCGCAAGGCUGGCGCAGCUGCCACGCCCAGCAAGGAAUCAAGUGACGCCAAGGCUGCGACAGCGGCGGCGCCCAAGGAAAGCGACAGCAACAGCAGCAGCAGCAACAACUCGACAGGCGGCUCACCCAACAGCAGCAGCAGCACAGACGCUGCUCCAGUUGCGCCCGUUGCUGUGGCACCCACAGCAGUGGCUGCUCCGGCAGCUGUUGCAGAGCCCAUCAACAGCCAGGCGAUGUAUGAGCAAUCGGUGCUGGACAAGGAGAACUCGCUGAUUAACAGUUUCUCCAACAUGAUUAUCGACGAGAAUGCCAAGAACUUGCAUCCGUUUGACGUGAGCAACGGCAAGUUGCAUGUGGAGACCACGACAACAACGGGAGGAGGAGCUGCUGUCGUUGUGCCGCCCGUAGCAGUGGCCAAUGGCAAUGGCCACAUUGAGAAUGUUAACAAUAAGAAUGACAUCAAUCUGCUGCAGGAUGCAGUGAAUCCAGUGGCCGUCAGUCAGUUAAUUGAUCUGAGCAUUGAGUCACAACAAGAUCUGCACAUCAACAACAACAACAAUAAUAACAACAACAACAGCUUGCUGACAAGCACAGCGGCAACCACCACGCUAGUCACUGCUGAUAGUCACGAGAAUAAAGAUAUAUCGUUGCUGUGAAUCCGAUGAGAAGGAAACCAAACCAGAUUGUUUGUCGUAAAACUAUCUACAAAAAAAAACUGAUAUAUAGCUAAAUGUGUGUGGAGUAUUUAUUUAUAGAUUGAGAUAGGAUCAACAAUGCGAUGAUGCAACACGAUGCGAUUCAAGACGGAGUCGUGUCGCGAUGUGUGUUUGGAGAAUGUGCAAAAAAGAAUGCAACAAAUUAUGGUUACUAGAGCUAAACUAACAAACAAACAGGAAAACAAAAUGCUUAUAUAAAAAAAAAACAACUAUAUACACUCUAUUAUACAAAUAGAUAUAUAUAUCUACAAUAUAUACAUAUGUAUGUAUGCAUUAUAAAAUGAAGCAGUCAAAAUAACUGCAAGAGACCGAGAAAAGUGAAGCUGAUGAAGCAAAAACCGAGUGCAUGUAAUAUUAGUUAAGAACUAAGACAAAAACUAAACAACUAAAAACAAGAGAGAAAUUUUUGAUGAUGGAUGGAUGGAUGAACGAACGAACGAACGGAUGAUAAUGAUAAUGAUGAUAAUCAGCCUGACAAUUGGUUAGCAAUUCGAUAUCAAAAAAAGAAAA